UAAAAAACUGACAAUACAGAUGUUUUGAUUCUGUAAUAGGUUAUAUUAAAAUUACAUUUUUGCAUAUAUUUCUAUGUAAUACUGUAUUAAAAUAUUGCGUAAACAUGACUUCUGCGUUAAUAAGUGCUAUCAAAAAGCUGCACAUUGCCGUGACUCCACAAAUUAGGGUGUUUUCUUCAAGCGUUAGUGCCGUCGCUCCCACAAAUUCGAACAGUAAUUUGAUUAUCACCAAAAAGGACUGGGCCUUCCAACCUCAAUACAUCAAACCUCGUGAAGUAUGGAUUGAAAAUUUAGACACAAUAGAGGAGCAAAAAUUGGGUUUAUUUGAGUUGCAUCCGUCAGUUUACGCAGCACCACCGCGGGUUGAUAUAAUUCAUCAAAAUGUUGUCUGGCAGAGGAAGAUAAGGUUCGUGUCAUGGGCUCAUACGAAGACUAGGGCUGAAGUACGAGGUGGAGGUAGGAAACCGUGGCCGCAGAAGGGUUUGGGCCGCGCUCGCCACGGAUCGAUUCGUUCCCCGUUGUGGCGGGGAGGUGGCGUCGCUCACGGGCCGCGCUCCGGCAAAUCUCACUUCUUCAUGCUUCCCUUCCACGUCCGCAUACAUGGGCUGACAACAACGUUAUCAGCUAAACUUGCACAAGAUGACCUACACAUUGUCAAGGAUUUGGAACUGCCUACAGACGAACCUGAAUAUUUAACUGAACUGAUAGAAAAGAGGAACUGGGGACCCUCAGUGUUGCUUGUUGAUGAUACUGACUACGCACCAAGGAACAUAACAGCUGCCGUAGACACUUUAGGUCAUGUGAACAUUAUGCCCGUGUAUGGUCUUAAUGUAUACUCCAUGCUGAAACAUGAUACCUUAGUUCUAACAUUAUCUGCCGCUGAGAAAAUCGAGUCCAGAAUAUUACAUUGGCUACAUACCGAUACAAGAAAAGAGCAACAAGAAUUCAAGUUAAAUCAAGUGUAAAAGUAUUUUGAACUUGCCUUGCUAAUAACUACAAUAGCAGUUUUAAAAGCACAAAGUAGACUGCUACUUUGUAGUAGGGUUUGAUACAUCUUUUCACCCAGAAAUGAAAAUUAUGAAUUAUACUUACAAUAGAACAGACAGUAACUGUAAUUCUUGAAGUAACUUUAUACACUCUUUUGCAAAAAAAACGGGCACCUAUGCAAAAUCUUGGUUUUAAGGACUUUACGUGUAUUUUAAAGGGUUUUAAUGAUUGUAGUCUGUUUCUAGCAUCAAAAGAGUUAGCUGAACAUGCGUAUGAGUGUAUUCUAAAUUUGAAUUUUGUACAAUUGCUAAGAAAUUGGUAAA